ACUGUAAGGAAUCUUCAAGAACAUGUUUGCCCACGCAGCACGGUUUGUACUGUGCGUUACAGCGUAAUAUACAUACGCACUGGGAUUUGUGUUGUGCCUUACGUCGCCGAACUUGCCAGACGGCUUAUAAAUUUUAAGCUUGCCGAAAGUGAUUUAUAUAAUGUUGUUUCUUUGUGUAAGUACGUUGUUUUGUGAUCAUCGUUGUCGCACCACCGCUUCUGUAAAAAGUUACCUUCACCGAUACGUUCAAGGCUGAUUCAUCUUACCUUUAAUGCUGGAGAGAUAUACUGCGCCUUCAGGUAGCGUAAUAAACAUGCACCCAUCAGCGUAGCGACAAGGCGCAAUGUUGCAGUGAAUUAGCGGCGCUCUAUAUAUUUUAUUUUCGCAUCGCACAUUAUCCAAAGGUGGUCUUUAACGUGCUCUUCUAAGUCUACCAGUCACCUACGACAAAUAUUAACUGCCGCCAAUGUUUAUAAAUGAGUGACUAAAUUUACAGCACGAUCGGCCAGGUUGCGAGAACGGUAAGGCAAUGUGUUAGCGUUGCCGCUACGGUUGCAGAGUACAUAACAACGUUGUGUGAAUUCAGAGCAUUUCUAGAAACCAGCGUGCUGGAGUGUACCUGCUGAGUUAAUAGACUUAUCGAUCAAACGCACAGUUCUGAAACAAAUCUUCUGCUCAUGCUUAAAGCCCUAAACGCAUCAUCAUCCGCAAAUACCAAUAUGGAUACAGUAAGAUCUGCAAUAUAGCAGCUGCCGGAUUCCAUUUUUGUUUCCAAGUGAGAUUUUUUAUUCGCUUCCCAUAUCAUGGGCGCAGCACAAGCGAAACCGGAUCUACGCAUGCACCGUCAACUGCGGGAAGAAUUACAGCAGAAUGAGCCGCUACGGAAAACUAUUCCCGGCACAGACCGAUCCAUGUCAGAACAGAUGCAGUGGGGACCGUGGCAAGGUCAAGAUGGCGAUAAACCGCUGCCGACGAGUGCAGCGGAUGCUGAGGAGGAAUUUCGAAGACGGACCUCAUCGGUUAAUUCCGCCGAUAUCGAUCCCAAUUGGUGGCACAGCAGUGGUCAACAGAAAGAAUACCAACGGGAAGUAAUAAGAAAGCAUUCGGCCCACGCCGAUGUGGAUAUCCCACGACACUGGUGGUUCCCCAAUACUACCAAUGAAAGCGCUGUUCAAAAUUCAGCCGUAGCGGAAACGAGAGGGUGAAUGAGCGGCUAUAUGCGACGGCACUAUAAUGCGCUAUACUCUUCCGCCUGCUUUUUACCUGUAAGUGGAGCAGCACAAAUGCAAACGGAAGUGCACAAGUACCCAUCUCGCUUUGGUUUGCUUAAAAUGUUGAUUUUUUGAGCGUUUAUUUUUGAUUAGCGGAUCUGUUUAACCAAUUCAGAAUGGUUUAUGCAUUUUUCCUCGUAUAAUUAUCAAUCUAUGGCUUGUUAAUUAUCUUGUGCUGCCCAGUGCACGUAAUUGUACAUCCAUCAUUGUCAGCGCGACAUAAUAUCAUCCCAAUUUGUGUACAGAAAAUAAUCAAUGACCGCAACGCGCGCUUUGCGUUUUCUCGAUAUUUGGAUAAGUAAUUAAAACGGGGACAUAAG